AUGUCUGUUCCACUGGCAGCGGCUAGUACCAGCCCUCAACCAGGCUUACUCGACCUCGAAAGAGAACUCAUAUGCUCUAUCUGUACGGAAACGCUCUAUCAGCCUCUCACCCUUAUCGACUGCCUCCACACGUUUUGCGGCUCAUGUCUGAAAGAAUGGUUCACCUUCGAAUACAAUAAGGUCCGCUCGUCCUCGUCCUCGUCCUCAUCUUCCCGCUCCAACACGUAUACCUGUCCGACAUGUCGCGCCCCCGUCAAGGAUGCGCGCCACAAUGCGACCGUCACCACUUUGUUAGAAAUGUUCCUAGCUGCGAAUCCAGAACGCAGAAAGAGUGAAGCCGACAAGGCGGAUAUAGCAAAGAGUUACGAGCCAGGCGAGAACAUUUUGCCCAAGGUUGAGCACGGGGGAGGGAGAAGGAGCAGGAGGCGGGAAGUGGAAGAUCGGGCCGAGGAAGAGGCCGAGAGGAGACAGCUAGAGGAGGCAAGGGAACGUAGUAUUAGAGAAACAAGAGGCACUGCAGCACAACUCGGCACACGUCUGGCCGCACCAGCCUCGGAGGGUACGAGCAGCCGGAGUCGCAGCCGAGAAAGCAGAGAGCAGAGAAGGCGGGACGAUGAGAGGAGGGAAGAACGCCGGGAGAGAAGGAGGAGGGCUGAGGCUGCUGAAGCGCAACUACGAGAACGAGAAGCUACUUCAUCUACCGCAGCCACUGCGCCUGUUGCAGACUUGACAACAGAGAAUCUCGCAGCUGCCAGGCUAUCUCCGCCAACGACUUCGCCAAGGCAUCCUGCAGCGGUGGAGGCGAGACAUCGGGAGCGUCGGAUCGUGCCACAGACCAGCUUGCGUUCGCUGAUGAGUUCUUCCGAAAGUGGAGCGGGUACUGGCGAUAGCUUGGAAGCAGAGCAGAUACUACAGCAAAUCAUCGACGAUGGAUUACUGGAAGGAUUUGAUCUUCACAAUCUCAGUCCGGCACAGGAAGAUGCGCUCAGUGAACGAAUCGCAGAAGCCUACCGACAAAGACAACGGCAACGUGGUGAUCAAUCCUCACAGCUAUCGCCAAGAGAUGCGACAAGAAGGAUAAGCGGAAGGAUUUCUGACAGGACCAGAGUUCGAGAGCGUCAGCAAGAAGCCGAAAGGAGGCAUCAUCAAAGAUCCCACAGCGCUCAUGGCUCAUCGACCACCGAGUCUAGACGAGUGCACGUUUCCGAGGAUCGAAGGCCACCUGCUUCAAGAGCACGAUUUCAAGAUGCAGACUUUGCUUCUACGGCACAGCGACGGAGGGCGUCUGAAAACGAGCGGAGACGAACGUCUCCUCCUACAACACGAUCGGACAGGACCAACCCGGAAGAUGUUGUGCGCAACGCAACAAGGUCUGCAACAGAUUUAUCCGAUCGGCCCCAAGCUUCAGAUGAAGCACGCGCGAACAGACCACGGCAUCCAUCCGAUACAAGACGCACAAGUACCGAACCAGAGCAUGUCCCUGGUGUCUCCGAGAGACGGCAGAGAGUAGCUCAGGGUGAUAAUGCUAGGUCCUCAACCAGUGACUUGUCUAGUUCCAAACGCAAUGGUCCACUAUCAUCAGAAGCAGGGACGAUCCCCACGUCAGCGACUGUAACAACGAGUCCAAGAUCAAGGGAUGCCUUUGCUGCGACUGGCUCACCUUUGAUCUCGCAUGGAAAUCCAUCUCAAUUCACGGCUGUACCCCCACAGACGGCAUCUCAUGCAGCUCCUCGAGCGAAACCAGAUCUGCCUCCUCGCUCUGCACCACAUCCAUCCGCGCCAUCCAUAUCUUGCGCAAACUGUUCACGGCCAAGUAUACAGUACGAUCUUCACAAGCACUGCUCACAAUGCUCUUCGAAUAUUUGCUUACGCUGCUAUCGGACCGUGCCCAGUAGCAUUCUUGGGUGUAGGACAGACUCCAUAGCAGAGUCAGCUCCAAAUGUAUCUGCACCUACCUCGCCCUCGGAGAAAAUGCAAGCGCAUGCCUUUUCGAGCCGCAAAUAUCUCCGACCUGACGAUACAGAACAGUUCGUCCAGAACAAGUCUCCCAAACCUGCUGUAAAAAAUCUUUUAAGCAGCGAUCCGGCUUCCAGACUCCAGGAAGGCAAAUUUUGCGACCUCUGCCAGUCUUUCGCCAACAUCUGCUACUGGUCCUGCGAUACAUGCAACAAAGGUGACUGGGGUUUCUGCAACGCCUGUAUCAACAGCCACCACUGCUGCACUCACCCCCUGCUUCCGCUGGCCCACAAAUCCUAUGCUCCUAAAACACCGACUUUACAACAAGGCCCAAACCCCGACUCAGGCGUCAUCACCUUGACGCCUUCAACCCUCCACGCCGACGUCCUCCCUACCACCACCAGUACCAGCAUCACCAGAGCAAGCAGUAAAAGCCGCCCCUCUACAUCCAACUCCUCCACCCCAGCCAGCACAGCCAAAGACCCAGACUACCUCACCCUAACCUUCACCACCCACUGCGACAUCUGCAGCUACCCGAUCCCACCCUCUCACACCCGCUUCCACUGCCCCAGCCACCCGUCCUCGCCAACCAAUCCCACCAACCCGUCCAAAUUCCCCAGCAUAGGCGACUACGACAUCUGCACCACAUGCUACACAUCGCUAAUCAAACAGCGCAAACUCCGCCGCGAAGACGGCCCCAACGGCUGGCGCAAAUGCCCCCAGGGCCAUCGCAUGAUCGUGAUCGGCUUCGAAGACGCGCCCGAGGGCCAAAAGAGAAUCGUCGUGAACGAUCUCGUGGGGGGCCAUUCGCUGCGGGAUGCGGAUAUCGCGGCGGCGGGGAACGCGCCCAGCGCGGCGGUCAAGUCGGGCCAGUGGAGCUGGGUGGAGGAUGUGGAGGGCGCGACGGGCACCGUCACCAAGAGGGACAGUCGCGCCAGUCGCAUCCGCUACAGUAACACCUCGACCUCUUCGUCGUCUGGAGGCGCCGGCACUGGAAGUGGCAACUCCAAGUUCCCGCCUGAUGGCGGUCACGGCAUGCGCGCGGUGGCGGGCUACCCCUGGUUCCCCGAGGAAGGCGAGUCCGGCGCCGGAGAGCUGAUGUUCCCCCGCUGGGCCGAGAUCCGGGAGGCCGAGGACGUGAAUGGCGAGUGGUGGGCUGGUGUGUAUGCUGGGUUUCAGGGGGUUUUCCCGGGCGUGUGUGUGAGGGCCAUCUGA